AUGGGAGGUUAUAGGGAUAGAAAUGGAGUGGGCAUUCUUGUAGACAGGGAUUUGAGGGAGCAAGUGGUGGAGGUUAGGAGGAUCAAUGAUAGGUUGAUGUUGAUUAAACUAGUAAUUGGAGGUUGUACUUUGAAUGUUAUUAGUGCUUAUGCACCUCAAGUGGGCUUGGGCGAGGAGGUCAAAAAGCUCUUUUAUGAGGAUUUGGAUGAGGCAGUUAGAGGUAUACCGAUCACCGAGAAAAUUGUCAUUGGUGGAGAUUUUAAUGGCCAUAUCGGGGCAACUUCUAAUGGCUUUGAUGAUGUUCAUGGAGGCUUUGGUUUUGGGGAGAGAAAUGGGGGCGGUUCUUCGCUUCUGGAUUUUGCUAAGGCUUUCGAGUUGCAGAGAUGA